AUGGGGAAGCCCCGGAUGAUCAUCUUGGUGCGCCAUGCACAGUCCGAAGGCAACAAGAACCGAGAUAUCCAUCAGACUAUUCCAGACCAUCGAGUAAAGCUCACGACUGAAGGUCAUCGACAAGCAAAAGAGGCAGGCCAGCGACUCCGAGACCUUCUUCAUCCCGAUGACACCCUUCACUUCUUCACUUCUCCUUACCGUCGGACGAGAGAGACUACCGAGGGGAUCCUCGAAUCCCUAACAUCCGACACGCCCUCUCCAUCCCCGUUCCCUAGACAUACCAUCAAAGUUUACGAAGAACCCCGACUGCGGGAACAAGACUUUGGGAAUUUCCAACCAUGCUCUACAGAAAUGGAACGCAUGUGGAUGGAGCGGGCAGAUUAUGGCCAUUUCUUCUACCGGAUACCUAACGGCGAGUCCGCGGCGGACGCCUACGACCGAGUGAGUGGGUUCAACGAAUCACUCUGGCGCCUCUUCGGCGAAGACGAUUUUGCAAAUGUGUGCGUUCUUGUCACUCAUGGUCUCAUGGCACGAGUAUUCCUCAUGAAAUGGUACCACUGGAGUGUGGAGUACUUUGAGGACCUUCGCAAUAUCAAUCACUGCGAGUUCGUCGUAUUGACCCAUAAUCCUGAAAAUGGCAAAUAUACUCUACAAAAUAAGUUGCGGACGUGGUCGGAUUUGAAGAAAGACCGAGAACGUGAAACCGCAACUAAAGAGACGAACCAUACACCCACUCCUCUGCCUACCCACAUCCCAAUUCGACGGAAAUGGGGCGGUUGUCCAGACGGCUGCAGUCAUGGUACAUCUGCAGAGGGGAAACAACUAUUGCGAGCCAAUUUGUUGAGCUCCAUGCGGCAAGGGACUGAUCAUUCACAAUCCAAGCAUCUCGACGAACAUGGCCACAGCUUUGGCUCUAAGCUCCACAAAUCAGUGUCUAUCGACGAGGUGGUAUCUUCUUCAGAAGAAAGUACCACUCCAAAUAAUCUCUCUCGGAAACUGAGCACUCACCACGCCUCCAAUCCACGACAAGGAAGUGAUGACAGUAUCGGAGACAACCCCAAGCAUUAUGAGACAAGCUCGGAGACCCAGCCAGCACAGCUGUUGCCCCCAAAGCGACACAAUCAACAUGGAUUGAACCGAAAUAGCGAGGAUCACAUGUACCAUCCACCAGCCGUCUCAUCUUCAUCCUCUGCACAUCUGAAGUAUGCUCUCCUCCACUUAGGCGGCCGUGACGGCGGUGGCUCCAUGAGCGGAGCAAAUAGCUUAGCUCCAUCCGACGACGAAGGAGACCAUGAUGACCAUCGUCGCCAUUCUGCAUCAAGCUCCAACACCAGCAGCAACGUGUCACACGCCAACCAACAACACUUCCAAUUCCCAUCUCAAGCACAAGGACCAGUCCCCUCCCAGGAACUUGAAGAUGACGGCGAUGAUGAGAUGAGCGUAAACUCCAAACUACGAAAGCCUCGACCACACCAUCACCACCACCAUCAUCACCACCAUCUCUCCACGAGCAACCAACCCGAGCACCGUAUGGCCAACAUCCUAGGCGAUGGGGACGAGGUCUCCAACCCCUCUGAAACACGAACACCACCACCGGAUAGCUCAACAGCAGACCAUCCCGAUACCCCGGAAAUAACUCUGGAAGAGCAACAAAAAGAAGACCAAAGCAUCAGAGGAAGCGUCUACUAA